AUGGCUGCUGUGGACCUUGAUAAUUCAAUAUCGGGAUGGGCACCGUUGGCAAUCAAGAUCGCAGAUCUUCAUAGCUUUGGACGAGGCGGGAAUGCGAAUAGCUGCACAAGAUCGAAGGACCCCGAUUUCGACAGUGAUGGUUUGCAGGUACUUGCCGUGGAUUCAGGCACUUGGCCAAAUGAAGGCGGUGGAAUAUCAGCUUGUCGGGACAUGAUCAACAAUCUUCGCUCGGUGAACUGGCAGGUUAUCGCGGAAUCUGCCAAUGAUUUUGGUCUUCCCAAGCAUCAGUCUGAAAUGAACGUUCGCAGUCUGAAAACCAUUCUACUAUGGGGAUUAGACUUCCUCACUCCAUCGUAUGGCCUUUUCAAGGACCGAUUGGACACCGAAGUUGAACAUGUUCCCAGUAUGUCUCUCAACUAUAGGAAUAUUAAGAACUUUGGUUUAUAA